CAUCUUGGCUGUGCUUCCUCUCUAGGGCGAGGGUAGGGCGCUGUCUCUUCAAGCCUGAGGGCGCUGCGCGGCCGGGCUAACCGCAGCCGGAACCUCGGGACUCCGAGCCGGGAGUAGACUCAACGUCCAGCUUGGCGUUGCUAGGCAACCCCAGGAGGCGGGCCCAGCGCCGAGGGAACGGAGCUGUCCCCGCCUUUCCCUGCACCCCAUUGGCUGUUAUCUACGUGGUAUCGCCUCCAGGGGCCGGAGGUAAAGGCUUGCGCCUCCGAGGCGUCCCGCCCCGGCCGGCGCGCUCUGACGUCACGUCCGGCGGCGGCGGCGGCGGCGGCGACGGCAGCGUUUCUGCACGGUCGGCCCGGCACUUACCGCCGGGGUAGUCGACGGACCAUGGACGGCUCCUUCGUCCAGCACAGUGUAAGGGUUCUGCAGGAGCUCAACAAGCAGCGGGAGCGGGGCCAGUACUGCGACGCCACCCUGGACGUGGGGGGUCUGGUGUUCAAGGCGCACUGGAGUGUCCUCGCCUGCUGCAGCCACUUCUUCCAGAGCCUCUAUGGGGAUGGCUCGGGGGGCAGUGUCGUCCUCCCUGCCGGCUUCGCUGAGAUCUUUGGCCUCCUGCUGGACUUUUUCUACACUGGCCACCUCGCCCUCACCUCGGGGAACCGGGAUCAGGUGCUCCUGGCAGCCAGGGAGUUGCGGGUGCCCGAGGCUGUAGAGCUGUGCCAGAGCUUCAAGCCCAAAGCCUCAGUGGGACUGGCACCAAGUGGCCACAGCGGGCUGGGGAAACCCGCCCCUCGGGAUGUGAACAGCCACCUCAAGGAGCCAGCAAGCUUGGAGGAAGAGGAAGUUUCGAGGAUGCUGGGUCAAACCCCCAGGGAUCAGGAGCUCAGCGGUAGUCCCAGCCUCCAGAGGUGCCAGCUUGGUCUCCCUGCUCAGAGUGAGAACCCCUCCUUCCUCCGUGGGAAACUCAAGCAGGCUCUGAAGCUUUGUCCCCCUGAGGACAAGGAGCCUGAGGAUUGCAGAGUGCCCCCAAGGCCCUUUGAGGCUGAAGGUGUCCAGCUGCAGGGCGGGAGUAACGAGGUACUGUGCCCAGGAUGCUGGAGCAGGGGAGGCAGGAGUGGGGAGGAGAGACGGACGCUUUUCCGGGAUAAUCUGGACCCUAAGUGGGAAGUGGUGGUUCAAGUUGAGGAUGAUGGGGAUGGCGAUUAUGUUUCUGAGCCUGAGACUGUGCCGACCAGGAGGAAAUCAAACGUAAUCAGAAAGCCCUGUGCUGCCGAGCCGGCCCUGAGUGCAGGUUCCCGGGCAGCCGAGCCUGCUGAGAACAGAAAAGGUACAGCGGUGCCGGUUGAAUGCCCCACAUGUCAUAAAAAGUUCCUCAGCAAAUAUUAUCUAAAAGUUCACAACAGCAGGAAACACACUGGGGAGAAACCCUUCGAGUGUCCCAAAUGCGGGAAGUGUUACUUUCGGAAGGAGAACCUCCUGGAGCACGAAGCCCGGAACUGCAUGAACCGCUCGGAACAGGUCUUCACGUGCUCCGUGUGCCAGGAGACAUUCCGCCGGAGGAUGGAGUUGCGGGUGCACAUGGUGUCCCACACGGGGGAGAUGCCCUACAAGUGCUCCUCCUGCUCCCAGCAGUUCAUGCAGAAGAAGGACCUGCAGAGCCACAUGAUCAAGCUGCACGGAGCGCCCAAGCCCCACGCGUGUCCCACCUGCGCCAAGUGCUUCUUGUCCCGGACGGAACUGCAGCUGCACGAGGCUUUCAAGCACCGCGGGGAGAAGCUCUUUGUGUGUGAGGAGUGCGGCCACCGGGCGUCCAGCCGAAACGGCCUGCAGAUGCACAUCAAGGCCAAGCACAGGAACGAGAGGCCGUACGUCUGUGAGUUCUGCAGCCACGCCUUCACCCAGAAGGCCAAUCUCAACAUGCACCUGCGCACGCACACAGGCGAGAAGCCCUUCCAGUGCCACCUCUGCGGCAAGACCUUCCGCACCCAAGCCAGCCUGGACAAGCACAACCGCACCCACACCGGCGAGAGGCCCUUCAGCUGUGAGUUCUGCGAGCAGCGCUUCACGGAGAAGGGGCCCCUGCUGAGGCACGUGGCCAGCCGCCACCAGGAGGGCCGGCCCCACUUCUGCCAGAUCUGCGGGAAGACCUUCAAAGCCGUGGAGCAGCUGCGCGUGCACGUGAGGAGGCACAAGGGGGUCAGAAAGUUCGAGUGCACGGAAUGCGGCUACAAGUUCACCCGGCAGGCCCACCUGCGGAGGCACAUGGAGAUCCACGACCGGGUGGAGAACUACAACCCACGGCAGCGCAAGCUCCGGAACCUGGUCAUCGAGGACGAGAAGAUGGUGGUGGUAGCGCUCCAGCCGCCCACCGAGCUGGAGGUGGGCUCGGCUGAGGUCAUCGUGGAGUCGCUGGCCCAGGGCGGCCUGGCCUCCCAGCUCCCUGGCCAGAGACUGUGUGCGGAGGAGAGCUUCUCGGGCCCGGGCGUCAUGGAGCCCUCGCUCAUCAUCACGGCCGCCAUCCCCGAGGACUGUGACACGUAGUCCUGCCCCCCUCGCCAACCCCACAGCCCCCAGCCCACUUGGCCCCAUCCCCCAAUAAACCAGAUGGCUUUGGACUCAAUUGUUCUGGACCAUCCAGCGGCCUGGUCCCCGGGAACCUGGGCUCCAGGGAGGUGCUGCUUUCCCACCGUGUCCUCUAGAAGAAACGGUGUCCUGCCUGAUCCUCCGUGCACCCCAGAGCUUGGCCAGCAGCUUCCCCACAUUGUCGGGAGACCCCAGCCAAGUGAAACUUGGGCAGGUAGCUUUGGGGGACAAGCCUCUGGCCCAGGGCGCUCUCAUCUUUCUCCAUCUGGGUUUUAGAACCGGGAGCAGUGGCCAGGGCCCUGACGAUGGUGGCUGGCCCAAGAUGGGGGCCCUGUUACUCUGCAGCCAAGUGGACCUGGGAG